AUGUUACUGAUAUUUUUUAUACUGGUUAUGUUGGCUGGCGCCGCAGCAAUCCAAUGUUAUACUGGUAGUGCUAUGCAAAUUUUUGAAUGUCCCAGUUUGAACUGCAUCAAGCAAACUAUUGCCAUCGACCGAAGUUUGGGCUUUGAUACGGUUCGAUAUUGCGAUGGUACCGGUCAAUCAUCGAUCUGCCAAACGUAUCGAAUUUUUGAAACCUGUCAGGCUAUACCAAAUUUAGGAUAUAUAUGUUGUUGCUCAGAUUCGUUGUGUAAUUCGGCAAUUUCAUUAUCUGCCAUGCAACUAUCCACAAUUGCGUUACCACUAUUUUACUUAAUUUUUCGACUACUCUAG